CACCCGGGCCGGACGCACGAGGGCCGGGGCCGGGGUGAGCGCCCGCCUCCGAGCUGCCCCGCGCCCGGCGCCGCGCUCCGCUCUCAGCCCCCUCUCGGCGGCCCGGAGUGCGCGGGAGUUUGCCCCGGAGAGCCGCGAAGUUUCCUCCGAAGCUGCGCUCCUGGAACGGCGGCACCUGCAGGCGCCGGGCAGCUGCCAGUGAGGUUACUUUAUGGAAUGGACCCUUAAAGAACAAGAAAAGACUGAAGCCUGAUGGGAAAACAAAUCAUGUGGUCUUCAGAUUCUGAAAUGAGGAGAAAUGCAGCCAUCUGAAAUGGUCAUGAACCCCAAACAAGUCUUCCUCUCUGUGCUGAUAUUUGGAGUAGCUGGGCUACUCCUCUUCAUGUAUUUGCAAGUCUGGAUUGAAGAACAACAUACAGGGAGAGUGGAGAAGAGAGGAGAACAAAAAGUAACUCCAGGAUGGGGACCAGUGAAGUACUUGCAGCCUGUACCCCGAAUCAUGAGUACAGAAAAAAUCCAGGAACAUAUCACCAACCAGCAGAACCCCAAGUUUCACAUGCCUGAGGAUGUAAGAGAAAAAAGGGAAAAUCUUCUACUCAAUUCUGAGAGAUCUACUAGGGUCUUAACAAAGACCAGUCAUUCACAAGGAAGGGAUCAAGCUUUACGUAACACCACAGGGUCACCAACAGAAAAGUGGAUUGAAGAACAUCAAGGAGCUAAGACUCUUUUCAACAAGUUCAGCAAAAUGAAUUGGCCAGUGGACAUUCACCCUUUAAACAAAAGUUUAGUCAAAGAUAAUAAAUGGAAGAAAACUGAUGAGACCCAAGAGAAACGAAGGUCUUUCCUUCAGGAGUUUUGCAAAAAAUACGGUGGGGUGAGUCGUCAUCAGUCACAUCUUUCUAAUACAGUGUCCAGAAUCUAUGUAGAGGAUAAACACAAAAUCUUAUAUUGUGAGGUUCCGAAGGCCGGCUGUUCCAAUUGGAAAAGAAUUCUGAUGGUACUAAAUGGAUUGGCUUCCUCUGCAUACAACAUCUCCCAUGAUGCUGUCCACUAUGGAAAGCAUUUGAAGAAGCUAGACAGCUUUGACUUAAAAGGGAUAUAUACCCGCUUAAAUACUUACACCAAAGCUGUGUUUGUUCGUGAUCCCAUGGAAAGACUAGUAUCAGCCUUUAGGGACAAAUUUGAACAUCCCAAUAGUUAUUACCAUCCAGUAUUCGGAAGGGCAAUUAUCAAGAAAUAUCGACCAAAUGCCUGUGAGGAAGCAUUAAUUAAUGGAUCUGGAGUCAAGUUCAAAGAGUUUAUCCACUAUUUGCUGGAUUCCCACCGUCCAGUAGGAAUGGACAUUCACUGGGAAAAGGUCAGCAAACUCUGCUAUCCAUGUUUGAUCAACUAUGAUUUUGUAGGGAAAUUUGAAACUUUGGAAGAAGAUGCCAAUUACUUUUUACAGAUGAUUGGUGCUCCAAAGGAGCUGAAAUUUCCCAACUUUAAGGACAGGCACUCUUCCGAUGAAAGAACCAAUGCUCAAGUCGUGAGACAGUAUUUAAAGGAUCUGACUACAACUGAAAGACAAUUAAUCUAUGAUUUUUACUACUUGGACUAUUUAAUGUUUAAUUAUACAACUCCAUUUUUGUAGUUUACAUUCCUUUUCUAAAACCCUGUAUGUACUUAAUGAUGAUGAGCUCAAAUCAGCUACUAUAAUUUUUCUGUAAUUCUCUGUAUGAGAGAAAUUUAACUAAAUGCAGUUGUCUUGAUUUAAUGUAGAUUUUUACCAAAUAGUAUGACACCAAUUGGCAUAAAGUUAUAGGAAAAUCACCUACAGAAGAUGUGAACAACUUGAGUUGCUCUAAAAUGUUUGGAAGAGAGCUGCUUUUGCAUUAUGAAUUACAUUGUUGCAGCAAUAACCUAACCAGCUGUUGCAUUAGCUAAAGCAGCCUCUUGCAAUGGUAGGAAAAAAGGAUCUAAAAUAGCAUGAGUGUAUGUCUAUAUGCUGGAAGUUAUUGUCUAAAAUGCAUGAAUAUAUUUUUAGCAGUCUGUGGCAUAUUAAUCAAACUGCUGAAUAGUUUUCUUACACCCUGGAAAUCUUCCUAUCAACUGUAAUGAUAAAUCCAUUUUGUAGUGAUAUUUUGGAUUUAGGCAUUUUACUUUAGAUUGAAAGGCAUUAUGUGAUUUAUAAUAUGAGAAUAUAGCAGAAAAACCAGAUGAGGCUGUGGCUUUUUAUAUUCAACAGCCAAUAAAAAAUGCACAACAUGCUAAGAUCUAAGCAA